UCUAGAAAAAAUUUUCAGUGAUCUUCCAAUUCAAAACGAAUUACGCGAAGCUUUAAUGGCCGGUUUUCAACGUCAAAUGCUUAUUCAAGCAGCCCUUUUAUGUUCAACAAAUAACCAAACAACAAAAAUAAAUUCUGAUUUAAUCGAAAAAGAAGAAAAUAAUGAAGGAGAAAAUAAAAAAGAAACAAAAAUUAAUUUAAUUAAAAGGCCAAGAUUAGAAUUACAAACAGAAAAUAAUCAACAAGAAGGAGAAAAUAAUUCUUCUUUAUUGAAUUCUAACCAAUUAGAACAAAUGGAAAAUAUUUUGUUAUCUAGAGGGUUUCAAUUACCUAAUGGGGGAUUGGCUACUUUAAAUUCUGGUAAACAAAAUAAUUAA